AUGCGGACCAAAUCCGUCACCUCCCUAUCCUCGACCGAAACCCACACCUCAACUGAUCCCAAAAAGAGAUGGUCAGAUGGAGUCAAGGAAAAGCCAACAACCGACGACAAACAAGAUCCCAUUCCAGGCUCGUCAUUACCUGCCUCUGAGAAGCUCACAUCCCCAAUCGAGCCCGAUGUCGAGACACCAGCCCCCAGCGGGCCUGCCUUUGACAAGGAGGCCGAGGAGAAUUACAAGCCCAAGACACUCAAGUUCUGGCUCAUCAUCCUCUCCGCCUUCGUUUCCAUGUUCCUCGUCGCCCUCGACCGUACUAUUCUCUCGACAGCCAUCCCCGCCAUCACAAACGAGUUCAACAGCCUCGGCGACAUUGGUUGGUACGGAUCAGCAUACAUGCUCACCACCGCCGCGUUCCAGCUAGUAUUUGGUCGGAUUUAUAAAUUCUACGAUCUGCGGUUGAGCUUCCUCGCCUGUAUUAUCCUCUUCGAGGUUGGUUCGGCACUCUGCGGAGCUGCUCCCAACUCUGAGGCCUUCAUCGUCGGUCGUGCUAUCGCUGGUAUCGGAUCUGCGGGUAUCAUGACGGGCUCCAUGAUGACUGUUAUCCCCAUGAUACCUCUUCACAAGCGACCCAUGUUCCAAUCCAUGUUUGCAAUGGUGUUUGGCAUCUCAUCCGUCUGUGGCCCCCUCGUCGGCGGAGCCUUCACGGAGAAGGCUACUUGGAGGUGGUGCUUCUACAUGAACCUGCCCAUUGGCGCGGCCGCCUUUCUAUUCCUCUUUCUCUUCCUAAAAUCACCAAAGAAGCCCCAAGAAAGUGUCCCAUUUACGAAGCACAUCACUCGACUCGACCCGCUAGGCACAUUUUUCUUCCUCCCCUCCAUGGUUUGCCUCGUACUCGCUCUACAGUGGGGAGGAUCAACAUAUGCAUGGAGUAACUGGAGACUGAUCCUCCUUUUUGUCAUAUUUGGUGUGACGGCCAUCGCCUUUUGCACUGUCCAAGUCAUGAUGCCCGAAACUGCCACCAUUCCUCUCCGGAUUAUCAGGCAGCGCACUAUGCUUUCAGGUGCUUUUGUUAUGUUCUUCCUAGCGGGCGCGAUGAUGCUCGCCGUUUACUAUGUGCCGCUAUGGUUCCAAGCGACCAAGAACCUCGACCCCGUCAAGUCCGGUAUCUAUACCAUUCCCCUUGUUCUGAGCCUUGUGGUCGCAUCUUUCGUAUCCGCCAUGUUCACCCAACGCAUCGGGUACUACGUUCCCAUGAUGCUUCUUUGCCCCUGUGUGAUGGCCAUUGGCGAGGGUCUUCUGAGCACAUUUACUCCCGCGACGGGCUCGCCUCGCUGGAUCGGAUAUCAAUUCCUUGUAGGUUUUGGACUUGGAUUAGGGAUGCAAACUGUCGGACUCGCAGUCCAGACCACCCUCCCCAAGGACGACGUAUCCACCGGGCUCGCCAUCACGUUCUUUUGUCAGCAGCUUGGCGGUGCCGUCUUCGUAUCUGUCGGCCAGACUAUCCUCAGUAGUUUGCUUGUCAAACGCCUGGCACAUAUUCCCGGACUGGAUGGAAAUACCAUCGUCAAUACCGGUGCUACGGACUUGCACGAGGUCGUACCCGAAAAGUACAUGGACGCGGUUCUGGAGGCUUACAACUAUGCAAUCACCCGCAUUUUCCUGGCUGCAGUGGCCCUUUCGAUUGCAGGACUGAUCAGCGCAAUGUUUAUGGAGUGGAAAAGUAUCAAGAAGGGAAAGCAGGGUAAGCAGGGGCCACCAGCGGCGGAGUCCUCGGAUCAAGAGAAGGAGUCAUCUGAGGAGAAAAAAUGA